UGGCGUACUUUUUUGCUUUAUUCACUUUCGCUGGUUUUUCGGUGUUAAACUUCACAUUUUUGUGUGAACUCGCUAUACAAUAAUAUCCUUCAAAAUAGUUUAUUUGAAAGGCGAAUACAUAUGCCGAGUUCAAUGUUAGAAGUAUCGUCGUAUGGGACAUAGUUGAAGGUGUCUUGGUCGGUCGUCAACAAUCACAAUGACACAAUGGGAUUGAACUAUUCACGAUUUCGAAGAAGUUUGUUUUGGCGCUGACCAGUCCUGUGUUUGAUCAUCGUGUCUCUAGGCAUUGUCCGAAGUUGGCUUAGACCUUCUGACGUGUUCUGAGCUGCGCAAUUGAUUUGUUUGGCGCUGAUUCGUCUUCUUCGAAUAGGCCUAAGUAUGGCAUGCCCCCGCUAUGGUCUUCCUCUCUUCUUGGGCUUGGAUUGGUCACGUUGGUGGUGAAUUUGUCGGAACCCUAAAUAAAACUCACUCAUGUCUAAACAGAGCAACAAUGGUGCUGGUGAUAUGAAUGUGAAAUUGGAGGAUUCAGCUUUGAGACUGCACGAAGGCAGAGAAAAGGACUUUGAAUUAUCGGAUAUUGAUAAUAUUGAUAUCAAAACAGAACUAGAUGAAGUUGCCUGCGGUCCAUACGAUUCUUUAUCGCAUCAUCCUUCUGUUGAUGCAGGAAAUCAGUACAGUUCAAACCAAAAAACAGAGCUUUGCUCUGGUGACCAGUGCAGUUCAUUUUUCAAAAUAGACAGUCAGAUCAGAUCAAGUCUUAAAACUGAGUCAUCUCAGCCAACAGAGAGUGACAUUAAGGUGCAUGAGCCAGGAUAUGAUGUUCCUGUCGAUGUAAAUAUCAAAUCUGAACCAACUGAUGACUAUGGACUUGAACCAGGUUGUGCAUCGCUAGGUUUAGGAACUGAGGAAUGGGAGGGAGCUGGAAAUAAGUUAGGACCUGUUCAAGUCAACCUCAUACCAGCACCAGCGGCAUAUAGCGGUAGUCUGCUGAGAAUCGAUGUUGAAGACCCGCUUCAUCCCAUGCAAUUUGGUGGAGUUGUGAAAGAGGAGACAACAGAAGCUGUUCAAGCAGAUGUUGAGGAGAACUUGUACACUUUUGGGGAAGUCGCAGUCUCACAUCAGGAUAUGGAAACAAACCCAGCUGAAGACAAUACUGUUUCUUUAUUUUGGCACGGUGGUCGAAAACAUCACUCAGGGGAGCCUCAUCUGUCAGCAAGAAAAUAUUCAGGAGAAGACGUGUUGAAGAAAAAGUCUUACUCCUGUAACUAUUGUUUUAAACUCUAUCCAAGUAAAUAUCAUCGGACGCGUCACGAACGUGUUCAUACCGGAGAAAAACCUGUCCAACGUCGAACAGUCAUGUGUGAUCAGUGUGUUUCAUCUUCAUAUGGCAGUGAAGUCAAGUCUGAAAUUCACCCAACAGAGAACUCUGCAUGGUUAAUUGGUUAUUCCCUGAAAAAUGCUAACGUACAGGAGUCGAAAACGUGUUGGUAUUGCAGUAAAGUAUUUGUCGACAAAUAUCGUCUGGCUCGGCACGAGCGUAUUCAUACAGGAGAAAAACCAUUCAAAUGUAGCCAGUGUGAGAAAGCUUUUAUCACUCAAGUUAAUCUUUUGCAACAUGAACGUAUUCAUACCGGUGAAAGACCAUUUGCCUGUGACCAGUGUGAUAAAACAUUUACCACUCAAGCUAUUCUCGUACAACACGGACAUGUACAUGCAGUGGAAAGACCGUUUGCCUGCGAUAUCUGUGACAAAACAUUCUCACGCUAUAAAACUCUAGUCGCUCAUCAACAUGUUCAUACAAAAGAAAGACCAUUUGCAUGUGACCAGUGUGAUAAGACAUUCACACGGAUUAGUAAUCUUUAUCGCCACAGGAAUGAUGUCCAUACUGGAGAAAGACCAUUUCCAUGUGAUCGUUGUGAUAAAUCGUUCGUGUGUUUAAACAGUCUUACCCAGCACGUGAAAAUUCAUACAGGAGAGAGACCAUUUGCUUGCGACCAGUGCGAUGGAAAGUUUUCAAGUAAUAGCGUCCUCAACCGCCACAAACAUACUCAUACUGAAGAAAGACCAUUUGCCUGUCGCCAGUGUGAUAAAACUUUUACGCUUAAUAGUCACCUAAAGGAACAUAGGCGUAUUCAUACAGGAGAAAGACCAUAUCGGUGUGAUGGGUGUGAUAAAUCCUUUACACAUAGAAGUGGCCUAAAAUACCAUAAACAGCGUGUUCAUUGCGAGAAAUCACAGUUUCAGAGUGGCAAGAGUAAAACAAUUUAGCUUAUUUACUUAUGUGACCCAUCACAGCUAAGGAGGCACAGUCACACAGAUGGGCCUUAGUGACACAAAGAGAUAAGUUAAGAAAUUGGUGAACUCUUUAUUUCACAAUAGGCAGACAAAAGUGAAACAAACAACCAGUCAAUUUCAAUAACAUUUUUAUGGUAUGUUCUCCUAGCAAGGAUACAUCACAUAUCAUAUAGGUUUUUGACUUGACCUAAUUUUACGACUUUGGUUUGACCUAUAUACUAUACAUGUAGCAUGUUUCUUAACCAGGAUGAAUUUCUAUCCACCAAAUAUCUAUACAGUGAGCAGAAUGGCCCUUGGCCGUUUCAUUGUUUUCACUUUUAAAAACCUAUGCGAUUUGCCGCACUGAAGAUCCCUCCAGAGAUUGUUGGACUGGGUCCAUUAAAUGUGACAAAAAUAUCCAACACCUAUUUACAAAUGAAGUGAGGGGUCAGACUUUUGGUGUAACUCCAUAUAACUGUCUGGUGAUUUCGCUCUGAACUUGUGACACACUGAUCGGUCUGAAAUUAUCAUUACCGUCCAUCCCUCAGUUUGCAGCCAGUGGCCCGAUGGCGGAGAAAUGGCAUUGUCAAAUGUGGUUAAGCCUAUUGCGCAUGGGCAGCACAAUUAACCGAUUAUAAGACCUGUGAUUUCGCACGCUGGGUGUGUUUUCCAUCUCACGAUACAUCAGGCAUGCAUCUGAGAUCAGGCAGAAUUGGGUGUAGGAUAUUCGGAAACCACACACACAUCUCCAGAAUCUGUGGUGUGUUGUACCCCACGCUACGUAAGGAGUAGGUUUCUGGGUAAGACUUGGUCCACGCGAAUAGGCGGUACCUUAAAAAUGAUGAGAAGUUGCCAAUUAACGCCCUGUGAAUUGUCCUUCGACCAGCUAGUGCUAAUUAGUCCAGCUGUCAAGCUCCCGAAAAGGCAAGAAUUGUGCAUUUUAAUGGAGAAAGCAUGAAAUUUGGCAGGGUGACAAAACUUUUACGCUUAAUACGCUUUACGUUUAAUGACCCCUAGGGGUCAUUUAUCGAUUAAGACCCUAAUUUUUUACGCCCCCCUGGCGGUGGCCAUCUUGGAAUCCAAUAUGGCCGCCAUUUUUGGCCCGUUUCUUGCAAUAUCUCAGAAUCUAUUGCACCUACGGGUAUGAUUUUGACGGCUUACCCUAGGUUUUCAGGUAUGACGAAUUCAACGGAACCAAUGAAAAUGCCGUCGAAGCUGGUGCUUUAAUUAACCAAGAUUUGUAAAUAAUUUCGUCUUUACCCCAGCCCACCUAUAGAUUGUACCAGUAUUACUUUAAAGAAUUGCGAAUACAAUAAAAGGAACGUGGGGAUAUGUAAAGGUGAAAGACUGUUGGUGAUCUUUUUGUGUUUGAUCGGCUGGCAUUUGUUCGGCAGGAGAAAUAUGUUAGGUCCAGUUGUCACAACUAUUACGAUUUGAAAGAAGAUGACGAUAGAUUGUAAACAGGCCUUGCAUCUAAUGACAAUGAGAUCAAACUUAAUGGGUCACCAAACAUUUGCCGUUUCACGUCUUAAAGACCCUGAACUAUUUUGCCUAUAGAUCGUAUACUAUAUUUGCAUUAAAUCAUAUGAUAUGUCGUAUGAUAUAUUUGGUGAGCUGUAGAGCUAUAUUCCACUGCCUACGUUUGUAUAUAGUUUAAUAGUAGAUUUGUUAGAAGGGUGGCAAGAACUACUGCUGACUUCAUCACUGUGUUGUCAGUUGCUGUACAUAAUAUUAAAAGAGUAAGCGGAUUAUCCCUUCAAUUUAUUUGUUCUUCUCCUGUUUCAUCAGUAGAAUUUGGUGAUGAAACUAUGACUGUGUUGUGGAAGGUGGUGACUGGGCAGCUGACAGUAUGGAACGCUGUUGAUUAGCCACCUACUCCUUUGAGCGGGCGGUUCUGAGCUGCAUCAGACAAUCUCAACUAUUUCCACUUACGCCAUCUACAACUACAUUUGUAUAGAGGCUGUCGGUCACUUUGACCUUGACUAUGCAUGCUGUAAAUAUCAUGUAGUUUCUU